UUCUCUCAAUUUCACACAAAUUUCGAUAUCCGUGGAGAAUCAAACACACACACACGCACACAUAUAGAUACAGGACUUCUGUACGUAUAUCCCACGAACACCCACCACCGGUUACCAAUUAUCGAUCAAUCUUCCGAUUUUUCUAAAUCCAAAUUGGGAAUUGCAUCUCCUCAAUAGCAAACAAAUUCCCCAAUUUCCAGUUUUAGGGUUUCGAUUUCUUCUUUCUUUCAUUCCACGAACAAUGAAGGUUCAUCCGGCGCCCAAUCGGCGAAACAUCACCGUCCGGUACGAUUUCGGUUCUCAAUCCAACGCCGCUGCGGUUCUUUGCCGUCAAAAAAAGCUCCGGCGACUCCCACACAUCUUUGCAAAGGUUCUGGAACUGCCGUUUUACUCCGAUGCCGAUGUUUCCAUCCAUGAAACUUCCGAUUCUCUUAAAUUUGUUGUCGAUACAGACGACGAUAUCGGUACCGAUGGCGAUAUUGCUGCUCAUACAAUCGAGAUCUAUCCUGGUGUUACUAAAAUUGUUGUAGGUGGGAGGCGAGUUGUGAACAAUUGUGGUAAUAAUCCGGUUAAUGAACUGGAGCUAGACGUGUGGCGGUUCCGGCUUCCGGCGUCUACGCUGCCGGAGCUUGCGACGGCGUCGUUUAGUGAUGGAGAGCUUGUAGUUGUUGUGCCGAAGGACGUUAACUUGGACGGAAAUCAGGGAGAGCUUUGGGUUGAAGGUAACGAAACAGGGCAAUUUGUUCUUGUACAGUAAUUAAAUAUCUUAGUUCUUUAAGUAUGUGUCUUCUAAUCCUCAAGAUAUAUGUUCUGAAAACUUCUGUUACUUAUGAUUGAAAUCUGCUUUCUCUCCAUUGGUUUUUAAGUGUUUUCAUAUU